AUGCUGAGCAUAUUUUUUAUACUGUUGCCGCUUAUUGGUGCUAUGGAAGCCGAGACCACUACUACUGAAUAUGGUUCACUUUUCAAUCGCCAGGGAUUACUAGCCUUCAAAUACGAACCAACUUUGGCAGUUAAGAUGCUUGGUCUUGGCCUCGGCUCAAUAAACAAGGACAAGGACUGCUUUGAUGCAAUCGCAACAGAAACUAAAUUGCAGAUUGAGAAGAUCGCCGGCGAAACAAAGCAGCUGUGGCCUUGGUGGACCACUCAUAUCGGCGUUCUCAAAGUCGCCGCCAACGACUUGCAAGCGAUCGUUUUCUGGUUUUCCGGUCCGGAAGCUUCAGCCGAUGAAAAGGCAAUAUUUGAACUACAGCGUCAGGAGCUGGUUCCCUUCGGGAUUAAACACUGUGGCCACGAAGUGUUAGUCGGAAAGCGGCUGUUGGAUGCAUUUAAUACGAUCAAGGAGUAUGUUAGCGGCGUUCUGGUGAAACUAACUGAAAACGCGCGCGACCAUUUGGUGUUCCAAGGCCAUUCGCUAGGCGGUUGCCUGGCUCAAAUGUUUUCUCUAUGGGCUCAAGAGCAGAAUCUUUGGUUGCCUGGACGUCAUUUCGCUGAUGCUGUGAAAAAGGCAAACCGAGUGAUCGGACGGGUUUACCAGCCACCAGAUGCAUUUAUGAACUACCCGCAGGCAGCGCAUGUCACCUACAACGAUGGGGUCCCUCAACCGGCAAUUGGCUUUCAUCACGCUGGUGGAGUGGCGCUAGUGUACGUCCAGAAUAGG